AUGCGUUUCUCUCUUGCUGCCAUUGCUGCCCUCGUCACCAGCGUUGUGGCCACCAGCUACACCACCGAGAUCGUCACCAACUACGUGACCUACUGUCCCGAGUCUACCACCAUCAUCCACGGCACAGAGACCUACAGUGUGACCGCACCCACCAGCCUGACCAUGUCCGGCGGUCCGUACACCAUUUCUCGCCCCCUGAUGACCUCCACCGUCACCGUCUGCGCGGGUAACUGGUAUGUAAUAUGA